AUGAAGUACCUCAAGAUCCUUGUCCUUAUGAUGUGUUUACAGCUAAUCUUUAAGGAAUUUUUAAACAUCUUUGUUUUUGGAGAUACUACCAGACAAGGUGCACCUGAGACACACAUCAGCACAAUUGCAUGCACUUACAUCAGCACACACAAGAACAUCUGGAGAGUUCUUUCACCACAGAUCCUCGCAGACACCUACUCACACCUCCUCAAUGACAGAAUGGCAUGUUAUACAGUCCCAUUUUAUGCAAUGAUAUUUCACCUUACAACAAAACACAUGGUAUCAGAGCAAAAAGGCCAAACGGAUUUAGAUUUACUUACUUUGUCUCCAUUCUUUAUGAUUAGACUCAACAGACUCAACAGCGCCGCCUCCGAGUCGGAGUGCAGCGAGCACCCGGCUGAUGGCUCCUCCAGCCGCCACCACAUGGAGCGCAAGAAGAUUCGCAAGAAGACACUCGACCGCUUCCCCAAACUAACUGUCCUGAGCGUGACGGAAACCAUGGUCGAGUGUCAGCUAGAGACUAUAAAGCAGAAGACCAUCACCUUCAAGUUUGACAUAACUGAUAGACCUCAAGAUGUAGCCAACAAACUGGUAAUGACUAAUCUCCUACCUGUAAACCAUGCUGAAGUUGUGAUCAAUUACAUAGAAGACAUCAUCAGACAGCUUCAGGCCAACCCCAAUGUUCUCCCAGUCGUGUCCACUCCAGGGCUCGACUCCAGAAGUCAGCAUCACUCACAGGAUGGCCACACACGCUCCCCCUCGGCCUCUCGACGCCACAGGGACGAUCCUGAAGCACGGCACCGAGAGGAGGGAGGUGGGGACAGUGCCCCAGGAACCCCAAGCAAGCAGGUUGAAGGAAGGGAAUCAUCCCCUCAAGUGCAGACAAGCCCUGUGCGGCAGCCACAACCCACUCAGACACAACAGGAACAACAGCAGCAACAGCAGACUCAGCAGACUCCUCAGCAGCAGCAGGCAGUAGUUACUCCAGCCGCAGUGUGUGCUCCACAGCAGUCAGCCACUUCGACUCAGCCUGCACCACAGCAGCCACAGGCUUUCAGAAAAUCUCGCUUCCUGGUGAGUCCUGUGGUAGAAAGCAAGCAACUACCCGGAGAUGACGUAGUUGGUGGGUCUGUAGGGUCAGUGGGUACUUCACAGGGCCAGCCUGCCGUGGCUCCCACUCCCUACACUGACGAGUCCCCACAGUCAGAUUCAAUUCCUGCCUCAUCUGCUGCUGCUCAGCUUCUUAACCUGCCAGCCUCCUCUGCCUCUGUUGUUACUCCCACAACGCAAGACCAACAGCAGAGUGAUGGUUUGGCAGCCAGUGUCAGUGCCAGCACCACAUCAGUUGCCCCGGCACCCGUCUCACAGAGUGGGUCGGGCGGCCCAACACCCCCCCAUCAUUGCACACCUGAGAAUACCUACAUGGCUGAGCAUCAGGCCAGACUCUCACAGCAGAAUUCUUUGGAGAAAUAUGACAGUAUAACUUCAAACAGUAAUCUGUCAGAGCUGGCACGGAAGCUGCAGCAGUUAGGUACAUCUGGUGGCUCAUGCCCGCCCCUCUCACUGCCCCCCGCACACACUGUGCCCCCUUUCUCAGCCCCAUUGUCUGCCCCAAGCCACCCAAGCACUCCUAUUUCUCUUGCGACUCAGCCGGCCUUCAACCAGGAACUCAACAUGCAGCUGGCUGGGGUGCUGAGUUCUGGUGCAGCGCGGCACACUCGAGCCCACUGGUCGCCAUCCAUCAACUACAAAACCUGCCCUGCCUUCUUCCACGUUCUGGCACCAGAGGGUGUUGUCAGUAUGGGGGCAGAGGAGAAAGGACCCCUCCCAGCUGCUGCCAUUACCAGCACCACAGUGGCAACUCCUGUUACAACAUCAGUGCUGCAGACUUCACAAAUUCCUGCGAUGCUCAUGGCUACACCAACACCUGGUAUUAUUGCACCAACACCCAUGUCCGGUGAAGUCUUAUCCACUCCACCUGUUGCAGUUGAUGUUAGCUUGCCAGUUGCAGCAGAUGAGUUGCAGAACCUACCACCUGGCUUCCAGCCCAGUUUCCAGCCUGGUUUCCAACCUAGUUUCCAACCUGGCUUCCAGCCUGGCUUCCAGCCUGGCUUCCAGCCUGGCUUCCAGCCUGGUUUUCAGCCUGGCUUCCAGGCUGUCCCUCAAGGCACUCUGGACCCAGCCAUGAUGCAGCAGAUGGCAGCACUGCCCCCAGAUAUGACCUCUGCAGCUACAGCUGUCGGGGUGUUGCCAGGAAUGGGUCUUCAAGUAGGAGAAUCAGGUCAUGUUACAGUGUGUCCAGCAUCUGGACUUCCUGUGGGUGUUUCUGCACCCAUGUGUAUGCCAACACAGGUGGGACUUGCACCUGAGGAUUCAUCUGCCAUGGCUUCUGCAAUACCUCCUGGGGUAGGUAUGUCUGGAGCGGCUCUUGGAUUGCCCACAGAAGUGAGAUUAGUGGCUGUUCCAAACCCAGAGCAGCGCAGUAAGAUGGAUUUGAAUGCACUAAGAGAACAACUGCAAAAGCUUGUUCCAGGUGCACACGUUACUCUCACUCACGAGCCACAGGAAACUGUUAGUAGUGGAUCUUCUGGAAUGGAAGGCAUGAGACAAGAGUAUACGCAGUCCCAAUCUCAGCCUUCAGUAGCAAUUCCUCUAACUGUUAUGGAUUCAAGAGCUGAUGGCAUGCCAGGGACACAAGCACAGGGCCUUGAAACGCCAGCUGGGGUGUCUGUGGCUCCAAGCAUGAUGCUUCCACAGACAGUAAGAUUACCAACGGGUGAAACAGUCGCCUUAAUGACACCAGUCAUGAUGGAGUCAGGUGUACCACAACCACAUGUGUACCCAGCAGUGGUGCCACUUUUAGAUGGCACUCCAACCCCAGCUCAGGCCACUUUGGGGCCAGGUGGAGUUGGGGAAGCCUAUGCAUGGAGAUCAGCAGUGGCAUCUCCUGUCCCCCUCCAGGGCCAUGUGAGCCUCUCUAGGACACCAUCACUCAAAGACUCAGAGGGAGACUCCAAGUCAGACCCUGGUGACAGUAGGCAGACCAGGAUUGCACGGUUUCAAGUCACAAAGGUGGUUGAGGAUGCUGUUAGAAGGGCUUCUGACACGUCAACAUGCAGCACCCCAGUCAGCUCCCCAGUUCGGCGCACCGGUCGUUUUGCCAUCACAAAAGUGGCGGAGUCAGCAGGAUCUGGCAGUGGCACUCCUGUAGGUUCAGGCCCUGGCCUUGCUGGGUCUCAAGCACACUUGCCUGCGCAUGCAGAUUCUCUGGGAGGGACACCUUCAGACCCCCCCUCUGCCGGGCCCUCAGCCCCUCCAUCCAUGACCUCCUCCUUUGUCUCUGAGGACACAUCAGCUACAACACCUGCCACACCCGCUGCUGAUGGAGAUGCCUUUAGUCAACAGCCUUCAGUAACAAAUGACUCUAGCGAGGACCACAUACCAACUCUGGGGGAUAGUCAAGGCAGUGUAGUUGUUACUAGACCCCCUGGCGAUAGCUGGCAGCCCCAGUCCCAGCCCUCACCUUCCUACCCCGACCCCCAGCAGGCAUGUGGGGCACAGGGCAUUGCUGUCCCUCCCCACCCAACCCCUCCGCUUUCACAGGCUUCCCCCAAACCCCCAUUUCACAGACUCCCACCAGGGAUAGCCACAGCUUACCCAGACCCAAAACAAGCAGUCAUUCUGCAAAGAUGGAGACAUUCAGAAAGACCAGGAGCCUGAAACUAGACAUUCCUGAGACUCCACCUUCCAGUAGCACAAACACACCAGACCUCUGUUUCAAAGAGGCCCCUCCAAUAUGCAUCACUCCUGCAGUUUCUAGUGACCAUACUUCAUCUUACUUGAAAGAAAAGCCAU